AUGGAUUUUAGUUCAAUUGAACAAAAUUUAAAUAACUUUAAAAAGCUUGUUGCUGGUAAUUCAGAUAAAGCACAAAUUACACCAGUUUUAGUUCAAUUAAAAUUAGCAGCAACAAUUCAUUUAGAAAAACCAACUUCUCUUUCAAAUGUUUCUGAUAAAGUUAAAAAAGAUUUAGUUUUAGCAAGAGAGAUUUUAGAAUUAAUUUCAUUAUAUUCAAUUAAAAUUAAAGAUAUUGAUUCAUUUGAAAGAACAUUUAAUCAAUUAAAGACAUACUAUUAUGAUUAUAAAUCAAUUAUUGCACCAUCAACAUUAGAAUAUCAAAUUAUUGGUUUGAAUUUAAUGAGAUUAUUAGCAAAACAUAAAACAUCAGAAUUCCAUAGCGAAAUUGAAUUAAUCGAAUUUAAUAAUUUAGAUAACUCAUUCAUUAAAUUCCCAUUAUUGGUUGAAAAAUCAAUUACAGAGGGUAGUUAUAAUAAAAUUAUUCAAUCAAGAUCUGGUGUACCAUCAGAAUAUUAUCAAGUUUUCCUUGAUAUUUUAGCAGAUUCAAUAAAGGAGGAUAUUGCAAAUUGUAGUGAAAAAUCAUUUAAAACAUUAUCAUUAAAAGAUGCAGAAAAAGUAUUAUUAUUCAAUGAUAACAAUCAAUUCCAACAAUACAUUAAGGAAAGAAAUUGGAAAGUUCAAGGUGAUGUAAUUCAAUUUGGAAAUAAUGAUAAUCAAACCGUUGAAAUUCCAUCUUUACAAUUGAUUCACCAAACUCUUCACUAUGCCAAAGAACUUGAAAGAAUUGUAUAA